AAAUAGUCCCUCUAUUAUCAUCUUUUCAUCUCCAUCUCCAACCUACGAGCUGGUGCAUAGAGUUUCCCAGAUAAGAGAAUCAAUUUCUAAUAAGUUUCUCCAAAGAAGAUGAAGCAACCUACGUUUCCCAACGCGGCGGCGGAGGAAACCAAAUCAGAGCAAAACCAGACCGCACCAAAGCAGAAAUCGAAGAAAUUCCCUACUGCAGCCGAGCUAAUCUCACACUACCAGAAGCAAGGGGGACUCGAACCAGCGGAAGCCUCGGUUAAGGUCAUCGAAGACCUGCAAAACGCGCUCGUCCGAGUCGCUUCGUCCUCGAAGAACGCCUCCAGCAAGAGCAAGCUUCUAGCUGACGGGAGGAAAAUCGACGCCAUUAGUGGAAGGCUUGCAGUUGUCGACGCCAAGUUGGAGACGAAGCCUGGAUACGUCGAGACUUUCGCGUUAGGGUUAGCUUCCGGUGCGGCGCUUAACGGAAUUAGCGCCGUCUGGCCUCACGUUACUAGAGGGAUCGGUCAGGUUUGGUCCGCCGUUAAGAGUGGGACAGAUCCGUCAGCUGCCUCUUAAAAUGAAUAUUCUCUCCAAUGUGAUUUGGUUACUUGGUGUUGUAUUAGCUAACUUCAGUUUUUUUCACUGUUGGAACAAAAAAAAUCUGAUAAAAAGUUAGUUUUUUGUUA